AUGGCCGUCAAGCACACCAUGCAGCUCCUACCAGCCUUUGUCUUCGCCCUAGCCCUUGUCCUUAGGGCAUCAGCAGCAGCAGCGGAGACGAUCCACCUCAAGUUCUACAUGCAUGACAUCGUGACUGGCAGCCCAGCAACAGCAGUGCAAGUCAUCAAAGGCGUGGUGCCGCUGGCAAACGACCCCACCACCUACUUCGGCGACAUGUAUGUCAUCGACGACCUGCUGACGGAGGGGCCGGACGCAGCGUCCCCCGCCGUCGGCAGGGCACAGGGCUUCUUCCAGUUCGCGUCGAUGACGGAGUACGCGCUGCUGCUCACUGCCAACUUCGUGUUCACGGCGGGGAGCCAUAACGGGAGCUCUGUGGCCGUGCUCUCAAGGGACGUCAUCUUCGAUACCGUCAGGGAGCUGCCGAUCGUGGGCGGCACUGGCGGGCUCCGUGGUGCGACCGGGUACGGUCUGCUCCGGACACACUCCGCCAACACCACCACCAGGAACGCGGUGCUCAAGAUUGAUAUGUACCUGCGCGUGUAGGUGCAGACCAUAGGUCUGAACUUACUUUCAUGCAUCUGGUGGGUGCUUGCAUAAAAGAAGCAUCGACGAUUUGUGUGUGUGUGUGUGUGUGUGUGUGUGUGUUAUGGCCCGGGAUGUCUUCAGCAUGUCAGCGCGUCUGAUUUUUUUGUUUAGCUUCCUGGUCGAAGUGUUAAUGCGAGUUCAUGAUUGAUGGAGAUUUUUAUUAAAAUAAAUGAGGUACAACAGUCUCGUUUGUUUUCUGUCGUGGACAUUUUCCUCCACUCUCUGCGAGGCACAAGAGGCCCCAUAAUUGAACCGGCAUGCCGGUGAGGACGUGGCACAGCCUGAACAUCGUGUAUAUGGUACGGGGCGAUGCAAGAAUAUCGGUUUUUAUAGGACGUGCAUUUCCAGAUUUUCUUACAAAAACCCCUAUUUAUACCAGAUAAAAGGAAUUAAAGGGUUUUUGUAAACAUGGCUGCAAUGCACCAUCGAUGAACAGCAAAAUUAAAAACCAA